AUGAUGAAAGGAUGUCUGCAGGUCGAGCAACCAGCAACCGGCAACAAAAACGAACGAAUCGAUGCGGAGACUGCCGAGGACCAAACGCUGCAAGACAAGCGGUCAAGAAAGGGCGGAAAUCAGAUCUACGAUAUCCGGGAGCUACCCGAUAGCUCGCAGACCUCCCGGGGCCGGAAAUAUCGUACUCACCUUUAUUAUGUCGCCCAGGCGGCCAUUUGGACCAGCAACGUCUACCUCGUCCUCCGGGCACUGGCGGUCCUACUUGGCCCGCUCCGAUGGCAGGCCUGGGUAAUGUUCUUGGUCGAGGCCAUGUUCAUUCAUCUCUCUCGAAAGGACCAGAGUCUAGUGAUUGCUGCAUUCCGUGUCAAUCGGAAUGGACGGCGGAAAAGGCUACGACUUCAAGGCAAGAAAGAUCUCCCUCGAGUGGAUGUGCUUCUGCCGUGCUGUGGCGAGGAUGUGGAAGUCAUCAUGACUACAGUCCGUGCCGCCUGUGCGCUGGACUAUCCAAUCUCCUGUUUUCGUGUCCUGGUCCUGGACGACGGGGGCUCCGCUGCUUUGAAAGAAGCCGUCGCAAAGCUACAAUCUCAAUGGAGCCAUGUCUCAUAUCACUCCCGAGGAAGACAGUCAGGUAUGGUCUUUGCUAAAUCAGGCAACCUGAACUACGCCUUGACCACCCUGCAAAGAGAGACGCCGCCGGAUUUUUGCGCGGUCCUCGAUGCAGACUCUGUGCCGACACCGGAUUUCCUCCGAGCAACCUUGCCUCAUUUGCUGCAAUGCGAUGACGCUGCGCUGAUUUCUACGCGCCAGUAUUUCUCCAAUCUGCCCACUGGCGACCCGUUGUCUCAGACAAGAAGCCACUUCUACACUUGUCAAAACGCGGCACUGGACAUGCUUGGUCGUGCUAUUGACGCAGGUUCUGGGGCCGUGUUCCGCCGCAGUGCCAUCGUUCAUGUUGGUCUCUACCCAACUUUCUCAUUCUCCGAAGAUUGGCAACUGUCCCAGAUCUUACAUGGCAUGGGCUGGCGCACAUUCCAAGUGCAGGAAUUUCUCCAGUUUGGAUUGAUCCCUGAUUCACUCACCGGCCACUGUGCUCAGCGUAGUCGCUGGAAUAUUGGACAUGCUCAGCAGAUCCCCGCUAUGCUCUCAUCCGCAUACAAUCACUACAAGACCUCUUUGCGAUGGAGCAUUGCAUUCAACGGUCUAGGAAUUGUCGCGGGAGAAGUCGAGUGCUUUAUAGGCUUCCUUGCGGUGCCGGUGCUCUUGAUGGCUGGGAACGUGAUUCCUACAAACUACCCAUCGCUACUCCAGGCGCAGAUAUUCAUGUCCGCUUGGCAGGUUUUGAUGACGUGGGCGUUUGAAUAUCUACAGGCUGCGCAGAAUGAUUUCCAGAGUGCCCCCUUUGCGCACCUGGAGAAUAAAUGGCUCGCCGGCUCGAACAUCUUCGCCAUCCUCAAAUUUUAUCUCGUGUCUGCGAAACCCAAGGGAUCAUCCUUUGUCACGGGAAGUGUUUUGAAUUCCUGGAACUCCCGCGCCUCGUCCGCAUGGAAGAAGAUGCAGGUUGAUCUUUGGAAGAAUGGCGUCUGGUAUAACAUUUGCGUGUUAUUUGCAACCGUCUGGACCUUGUUCACUGCGACCCAAUGUCUUCUGUCAGGCCAUGAGCAAAAAAACCUGACAGGACUGUUGACGAGUCUCGCAUUCCCGCCAUUGCUUCAUCUUUGCUAUCUGACUUUGGUUGUCAAUUGGGUGCCGGUGGCUUAUGUGUUGAAACCACCCCGGUAUCCGCUCAAGGCGGCCGAUCAGGCCAAGGCAAGCGAAACAUUUGCUGGAACCGAAGCUAAAGAUGAAUCAUCUCUGGAUUUUAAAUGGCCUGCAGUGGAAAAAGUUGGCAAGGAGAUCCUGCAGCUGAGCACCAGACUUGAGAUUCAAGAGCAACCGGUGCUUUAA